GAUUUGCGGCGCGAGGCUCAUCGUCUGCAUCAGAAGACGGACCGCCAGUGCAAGAAGACCCGUACGGCCCGCCAGCAGCACAGCCAGCACAGGUACUGCCAGCAGCACAAGAGGCACCGCCAGCCGAAGCACCGCCAGCACAGGUACAGCCAGCAGCACAAGAGGCACCGCCAGCUCAAGAAGUACAGCCAGGGGCACCGCCAGCUCAAGAAGCACCGCCAGCUCAAGAAGUACAGCCAUCGCAAGAGGUACUGCCAGCAGCACAUGAAGUACUGCCAGCACAGGUACCGCCAGCACAGGUACCGCCAGCACAGGUACUGCCAGCACAGGUACUGCCACCAGCACAAGAGGUACCGCCAGCACAGGUACUGCCACCAGCACAAGAGGUACCGCCAGCAGAAGAAGUACCGCCAGCACGAAAGGCACAGCCAGCACCGCCAGCACGAGGGGCACCGCCAGCACAAGAGGCACCACCAGCACAAGAGGCACCGCCAGCACAAGAGGCACCGCCAGCACAAGAGGUACCGCCAUCACCGCCAGCACAGGCGCAGCCAAACGUUGCUGGACCAGUGCUUGGCCCCAUGGCUCACGACCGACAACGAGUACACGUCGGUCGACGCGGAGAAGCAGCUGGUCAGGCACAGGUGGGGGAACACGAAGGUGUCGAACAUUGGCGGCCGCAG